GGGGCAUCGGUGGCGUCGGCGGUGGCCCGGCGGCUGAGGUGGCGGAGGUGGCCGCUCAGGCUGAGGCGGCGGGCGCGGCAGGGAUGGCGAGGAGCCUCGGAGAGAACGGGCCGCGCACGCCCGCGGCCGAGGAGGGCUUGUCGGAGACCCGGGAGAGCCUGGCUCCGGGCCCCGACGCCACAGCCGCCGACGAGCUCAGCUCUCUCGGCUCCGACUCAGAGGCCAACGGCUUCGCUGAGCGCCGCAUCGACAAGUUUGGCUUCAUCGUGGGCUCGCAGGGCGCCGAGGGCGCGCUGGAGGAAGUCCCUCUGGAGGUGCUGAGGCAGAGGGAGUCCAAGUGGCUGGACAUGCUCAACAACUGGGACAAAUGGAUGGCCAAGAAGCACAAAAAGAUUCGUCUGCGGUGCCAGAAAGGCAUCCCGCCUUCUCUGCGGGGCCGUGCUUGGCAGUACCUGUCGGGAGGCAAGGUGAAGCUCCAGCAGAACCCUGGAAAGUUUGACGAGCUGGACAUGUCCCCUGGAGACCCUAAAUGGCUGGAUGUGAUUGAGCGUGACCUGCACCGGCAGUUCCCUUUCCAUGAGAUGUUUGUGUCCCGGGGGGGCCACGGCCAGCAGGACCUGCUCCGUGUGCUGAAGGCCUACACUCUGUACCGGCCUGAGGAAGGCUACUGCCAGGCCCAGGCGCCUGUGGCUGCCGUCCUGCUCAUGCACAUGCCUGCUGAGCAAGCCUUCUGGUGCUUGGUGCAGAUCUGUGAGAAGUACCUGCCUGGCUACUACAGUGAGAAACUGGAGGCAAUCCAGCUGGACGGGGAGAUCCUCUUCUCGCUGCUGCAGAAGGUGUCGCCUGUCGCCCACAAACACCUCAGCCGGCAGAAGAUUGACCCACUACUGUACAUGACAGAGUGGUUCAUGUGUGCCUUCGCCCGAACCCUACCCUGGAGCUCGGUGCUGCGUGUCUGGGACAUGUUCUUCUGUGAAGGCGUCAAGAUCAUCUUCCGGGUGGGGCUGGUGCUGCUGAAGCACGCACUGGGCUCCCCCGAGAAGCUCAAAGCCUGCCAGGGCCAGUACGAGACUAUCGAGCGCCUGCGGAGCCUCAGCCCCAAGGUCAUGCAGGAGGCCUUCCUGGUCCAGGAGGUGGUGGAGUUGCCAGUGACAGAGCGCCAGAUUGAGCGUGAGCACCUCCUCCAGCUGCGGCGCUGGCAGGAGACCCGGGGUGAGCUGCAGUGCUGCUCCCCGCCCAGGUUGCAUGGUGCCAAGGCCAUCCUGGAAGCAGAGCCAGGCCCUCGGCCCACCCUGCAACCCUCCCCAUCAGUCCGCCUGCCCCCUGAUGCCCGCCUCCCCGGCUCCAAAGGCAAGCUCAAGCUGCCCAAGCAGAUUCAGAAAGAGCAGAAGGAGCAGCAGAAACAGGCGAAGGAGAGAGGGCAGCUGGACAAGCCUCCAACCCCAAAUCAAGCCAACAUGGCAACUGCUGCAGGAGAUGCUUGUGCCCCACAGGACAUGCCCCCAAAGGAUCUAGCCCCCGAGGAUCCAGCCCCCCAGGACUCAGCUACCCAGGACUCAGCCCACCGCUGCUCCCAGGAGAGUCUGACGUCCCAGGAGAGUGAGGACACCUACUUGUAACUCCAGCAGCUCAUGCUUCUGGGACAGGGUCUCCACCCAGCAGCUACACGGUUCAUGGACUGAUGCUCCAGGACCUGCCCACCCUUGAUGAGUUCACUGCUGCCUGGGUGCUGGGGGGUAGAGAGUCUGGCUGGCCCAGCACAGAUUCUGCCUGAGCCUCCUUAUUUAUUUUCUCCAGAGUGGAGGUCGGGCUAGCCCAGCUGGGACAGGCAGAAGUGAGGGCCAAUGAGCAGGGCCUCCCUCAGCCCCCUCCUCCCGGGGGUAUGCUCCCAGGGCCAGGGUACUAUGUGAGGGGAGAGGGUGGGGUGAGGGGUGGGGUGCUCUUUGUAUAAAAUAGAAACAUGAUUUUGUACAGAAAUAAACAGGUUUGUGUAGAGA